GGCCAAUCAGAGACCGUAACGAAAAUUUGAAUCGGAGCUCCGGCCAAGCUGGCUUGAUCGAUCACCUGUUCAAGCUCGCGCGUGGAUCUUACUGGUGCGGAGGUUGCGUGUAGCCGUGAGAUUAAGAUGGCUACAAAUUUUGCCACUCGGUACAAAAAAGAUCUGAGCAUCGAGACACUCAAGACAAAACUUGUUCGCCGAAAGUCUGUACUUCAGAAAGAGAGUAGGCACAAGGAAUUUAAUAAGGGCAGACAAUUUGGAUUAGUUGAUGUGAAUACGCAGCCAUCAAAAGACAAAGCUCUUUCUCAGCUGCAGGAAAGAAGCAAAGGAUGCUUGCCAAAGCCAAGUGCUGCAGCCAAGACUCAUGAACAAGAACGCAUGGAAAUGCUUCAGCGCUACAAAGCUGAAAAAGAACUUCGCAAGCUUAAAGAUCAGAGAGAUAAGCCCAUUUUUAAAUGUGGACAAUUCAAACCAGAGGUCCCUUCUUUUCUCUUAAAAGCAUCACAGAUCCCAGUAUUGAACAAAUCAAAGGAGAAGGAAGCUCCAGCUGUAAUGCGAAUAACAAGGUCAAAGUCAAAAAAACAAUUGCCAGAACCAAGGAGACCACAGCUCUCAGUGAUUGCGUCUAGCUAUGCCAGCAAGGGCUGCAGUCUGCAGAUAUCUCAGCAUGAGCAGAAGCAGAUCUACAUAGACAAACCUUCCAAAAGAGAGAGCCGAGAGGUGCAGUCUGCCAUCUCAAGAACCACGCAUGGAAGAAUGACAAGAGCAGCAGUGGCAGCUAAGUCCAAAAUACCACAAGCAUCACAACCCGAUAUAAUUUCAGUUAAUCUGCCACAGAAAAGAGUUACAGUUAAAGGAAAGCAGCAGAAAGAGAUAAUGAAGAAAGAGACAGCACAGGUAGUGCACAAUACGAAUCAAGAUAUUCUAGUGGGACAAGAGGAAGAAGAGGUGAAGCUCCAACCUGCAAGCAGUGAACAGAAUCAGGCCUUCCUUGAAAAAGAAAACAUGCCGGCACCCCCCAAGAGAAACCCUUCAUUUGCCCCUCAGAAUUUUGUCUUUAAACCCCCCGAAGGCUUGACCACCUAUAAGGUGAAACCAAUGACUCCUUCCAGGGCAAAUGUGUUCUUAUCACCUGAUCUUUCCUGGAGCCCUUCAGAAGCAACCAAUGAAGUCUACAAAGAAGAAGCACAAGAUUAUGAUCCACAGUUGUCCCCUAACCCAGAAAUGACAAAGGAAGCCACUGAAGGACACCAAUAUGCCCUGGAUUUAUUGGAAGAAGUUAAAGGAGAAUGUGGGCCUAAUGAGAUGGGGGAUAAUGUUGCCUUUGAAAGUAAGAGCAGUAUGCAGCAACCAGACCCACCAGUGACUGAAAUAUUGGAGUCAACAACAAAGCUCCAGCAUGACGUGUCCUAUUUCAGAAACAUUCUUCGAUCUGAGACAGAGAGGCUGGCAUCGUUUUGUCUUGAAUGGGAUGAAACUAUUGAAAUGGAUAUUCCAGAGGAGGCAAAAGAUCUUGUCCGCACAACCAUCGGGCAAACCAGACUGUUGAUGGCAGAGAGAUUCAAACAGUUUGAAGGGCUGAUAGAUAACUGUGAAUUCAGACGUGGAGAGAAAGAGACGAUGUGUGCAGAUCUGGAUGGAUUCUGGGAUAUGGUGAACUUUCAAGUAGAAGACAUAAAUAAAAAAUUUGAGAACUUGAAGAAACUUCGGGUGAAUGGAUGGCAAAUGGUGGACAAUGUUCAGCCCCAAAGACCUGCCAAGAAAAAGCCCAUCCUCCGAAGGACAACCAAAGCAGCAGGGGGGUCUGCUGAAAGGAGAGCAGCCAGAAAACGCCUUGCAGCUGUAAAAGCAGCCAUGAAGAACAAGAAAAAAGAAGGGUUGGCAGCAGAGGCUUCAGGGCGAGAAACACCAAAAGAAGCAGAACGGAUAUUUGAUGGAGGGUUUUUCCAAAUUGAAUCUCCUGCUAAACCCUUUCCAGGCUGGACUCCUAAAUCAACCAGCAGGAUUUCCCAGCGGACGGCCCCAAGGUCUGCCAAUAAAGCUUUGCUUCAGAGUUGUGCGGAGCUCUGUGUUUUAAGACGAGGCACACCAAGUACGUCCAAAGCCAUUUCUCCUUUUCCAGAUCCGAAGGCAUUCUCAAAUCCUGCUGGAACUGACUGCCUUGGUUCUGCGUCUGAACAAAGCGGCACUGGAGCAACAGAAGAACUGUGUGCUAUAACAGACAUGGCAGAAAUAGCAACUGAUGCACAAACAGCCAGCGGUGACAGGCACUCAUUCUCAAGUGACAUGGAUGUUUUAGAUUCUGCUAGUUACCAAUUUAAAAAUGAAGUUUCAGAAACUGGAGAUGAGAUGGAACAGACCACUGCAGAUGAGGCCAAACAGGGUCUUCUCAGUCCUACAGGGCAUUCUCAGGCUGCAGAAACUUGUGAUUGGGAUGAAGUACGGCAUACUCCAGAACGCUGUCUUCUCAAUUUCUCCUGUGAUGAUGGGAUCCUUGAUCACCUGCCAAAUCUGGAUGCCAGCCCUCUCUUCACUCCUCUGAGGAACAAGGCUGAAAAAUGUGUAUCAGCUGAUUCAUGCAACGACCUUAUUGUAUUUUCUCCUUUUCCUCUACCAGACAAGGAGAAAUAAGUUAAAUUAUAGUUUAAAACUUCAUAUGCGCAAUUAAUGGAUAUAAAAAGAACAUAAGCGUUCUUUUCCUUCAUAAGUUUUAGUUCCAUUACUGAACUGAACUGUCAUUUCAAAAGUAUACUUCUGCUGGAGAAGACACCCAUAGAGAAUAUGAAUGUUAGGAUGUUCUGUGGCAUCUGUUGACUAUCCAUCUUUAGUGAAAUUGCACUUGAGGAAAACUGUUCUGAAUUGGUUUGACUAUACCACUGGUAAAUUAUUUCUGAUCUCAAACCUAAAUAGUAAGUUGUUGCUUGUCAUUAAGUGUGGCAAUGGGUGGGAGAGAGAGAGGGGAAGAAGUAUCUUAAUUAUUUGGCUGCUGCAUUUUAAACGUUGUCUAUUUUCUUUAAUCUAAAUAAUCCAACUUAUACUUCAAUGUAUAAACACAAUUAUUAAAGUUCUGUAAACUA